AUGAUAGAGCGAUGGGUCUGGCAACAAACGACUGACGCCGCCACCACUUUUACACUUGUCCUAGGAGCAUUCUCCAUAUUUCAUAUCUCCUUGGGCUCUUUAAAGUGGGUGGGAGGAAAGAUCGAGGAAAGGAGUGCAAAGUCAAUUCUUCGGAAAGCGGAGACAACGUUCGAACGCAUUGAUGCCUACUUGAAGCUGCUCAGUCCGCAAGAUCGGCAGAUGAUUGAACAGCGUUAUCCUGACUUCUUCAACAAGAUAAACCAGAAUGUAUAUCAGCUCAAGACAUACGCACAGUUCUUAGAUAGAGACGUCAGGAACGCCAGCGCCAUGGAAGUGUAUGGCUGGAAGGGUGCUGUAUGGCACAAUGUCCAGGAAACGUCCCAAGUAGCUACAGUGCUCCUGGAUAGCUUGUUGACCACCAGCACAGAAGUCCUCAAUCCACCCAUACCGCAAGCGGUUGCCGAAGCAAGCGCACGUCGUCAAGCAAGUAGUGGAUGGCUCACGCGAAGCCGCAGACAGUUCGCACCACGGCAGCCCGAAUGGUCCACGAGACCUCCUAAUAGUAGUGCGCCAGUCUUGGAGCUGCCCAAUCUGCCCAAUCCGACGUUUACGAUGUCACCUCGAGAAUCAUACAGUUCUGGCUCGUCUUCGAGGCGUGACGACCACCACCAGGGUGUGUGA